GGAUUGUGAAGCGUCCAGGUCCUGAAGGAAGCAGAGAGUUCUGAGGAUCAACAGUAGACCCUUAGUGGAGAGCUAUAGCCAUGUCUUCCAGCUCAGCCAUGGUUCGCAUCCUGAUAAAGGGUGGGAAGGUGGUGAAUGAUGACUGCACACAGGAGGCCGACGUCUACAUCGAGAAUGGCAUCAUCCAGCAGGUGGGGAAGGAGCUGAUGAUCCCAGGUGGGGCCAAAGUGAUCGACGCCUCUGGAAAGCUGGUCCUCCCCGGGGGCAUCGAUACCAGCGUUCACCUGGAGGAGAGCUUCAUGAACGCCACCACGGCUGACGACUAUUACAGCGGCACCAAGGCUGCCCUUGCUGGUGGGACAACGAUGGUGAUGGCACAUGUUCUACCAGAGAAGAACGAGUCUCUGCUGGAAGCCUACGAGAAGUGCCGCAGCUUAGCUGACUCCAAAACCUGCUGUGACUACGCCCUACAUGUAGGAGUGACUUGGUGGGGGCCAAAGGUUCGAGCUGAGAUGGAGAAGCUGGUCCGAGAAAAAGGAGUGAACUCCUUCCAGAUGUUUAUGGCCUAUAAGGACAUGUUCAUGCUGAGAGACAGCGAACUCUUCCAGGUGCUACAGCACUGCAAAGACAUCGGAGCGAUAGCAAGAGUCCACGCUGAGAACGGGGAGCUAGUGGCAGAGGGGGCAAAGGAAGCAUUGGAUCUGGGGAUCAGUGGCCCUGAGGGCAUUGAAAUCAGCAGACCUGAGGAGUUAGAAGCAGAAGCCACCCACAGGGCCAUUACCAUCGCCAACAGGGCCCACUGCCCCAUCUACCUGGUGAACGUCUCCAGUAUGGCUGCAGGAGACGUUGUGGCUACUGCUAAGAUGCAGGGUAAAGUGGUCCACGGUGAAACAACCACAGCCCACUCUGUGCUGACUGGGAUGCAGUACUACCAUCAGGACUGGGCCCACGCCGCGGCCCACGUCACUGUGCCCCCUCUCCGUCUGGACCCGAAUACUCCCAGCUUCCUCAUGAGCCUGCUGGGAAACGAUACUCUGAACAUCCUGGCCUCAGACCACCGACCCUUCACCGUCAAACAGAGAGCCAUGGGCAAAGACGACUUCACCAAGAUCCCCCACGGACUACCAGGGGUUCAGGACCGGAUGAGCGUCAUCUGGGAGAGAGGAGUGAUUGGAGGUAAAAUGGAUGAGAAUCGCUUCGUAGCAGUCACAAGCUCUAACGCAGCCAAGAUCUACAACCUGUACCCAAGGAAAGGCCGGAUCAUUGCUGGAGCAGAUGCUGAUGUGGUGGUCUGGGACCCCGAGGGAUCCAAGGUCAUCUCUGUGGAAAACCAGGUCCAGGGAGGAGAUGUGAACCUCUAUGAGGGUCUGCGCUGUCAUGGCGUACCGCUGGUCACCAUCAGCCGUGGUCGUCUGGUCUACGAGAACGGCAUGUUCACGUGUGCUGAGGGCUCUGGGAAGUUCUGCGCUCUGAGGACGUUCCCUGAUUUCCUGUAUAAGAAGAUGGUUCAGAGGGAGAAGAGUCAGGCUGUUAAAGCGGUUGAACGGGAGCCUUACCAGGGGGAAGUUGUAGCGGUGGCCAACUCAGGGAAGAGGGACCUUGGGGCACCAGACCUUGACACUCCGACCCGUCCCUGUACCCGACAUGGGGGCCAGAGGGACCUCCAUGAGUCCAGCUUCAGCCUGUCUGGAGCUCAGAUUGAUGACCACCUUCCAAAGAGAUCCUCGGCCAGGAUCCUGGCUCCACCUGGAGGAAGAUCCAGCGGGAUCUGGUAACCAAUCAGACGAAGGAUGAUACCUGAGGAAACAGGUGGAUGGAGGAUGACUAGUUUUCUUUCUGGAAGCUUAGAAUGUGUUUGAGGUAAUGAGGUUUUAAUUUGAACUCAGUAACUAUUAAGACUGAUGUAUCACAUGACCUUAAUAUUCUUUAAUACGGAUCAAUACGGACGGCUAGAGCUCCAGUGUUAACCAAAAACAGGACUGAACUGUCAGUGGUUUAUUUGGUUUAAUUUUGAUAAUGUAGGGUAAAUAUGGGGGUGAGUCCGUUGUGUUACCUCACUGUAAAAUACGAUUUUGCACUUGUAUCAUGUUCUAUUUAGAUGCCUUUUUACAUGAUUUCAUGUCACAAAUGUCACAAAUGUCUUUGUACUGCGAGCCUUGGGAAUGACAGAGUUGUUAAAUCACAGAUUCUCUCAGUUGCUUUGGCUCAGUUCUUAAAAAUGGGAUGAUGUUUGUGUUAAACCAGUCCUGACUGUAUGAAGACAUUUUUGUGCUGGAGGCCUUCAGUUCAGAUUCUGUCUUCAUCAGUAGAAUACUUAAUCCAAAUCUCGUGUUAAUGAUGUCCAGAUAGAUCAGCUUUCUGUUCUGUUAAUUUCCCCACAGUUUCUGACAUACAUCAUUGUUGACUGAACAUUAACCCUCUGAGGUCCAAGGGUAUAUUCUCCAUUUUAACAUUAUUUUUUAAUUCACAUUUUUAAGGUACUUCCCUUGUCAAUCUCAUGGUCCAUUCUACUCGUGAACAUGACUGUGAGAUUGACAGGCAGAUUGGUGCAACAUCUGCAGUUUUUUCAGGCACUGUUCCGUACCGUUGUAGUGAAAAAGGAGCUGAGUUGAAAGGCAAAGCUUUCGAUUUACCAGUCAAUCUUUGUCCCAACCCUCACCUAUGGUCAUGAACUCUGGGUAAUGACUGAAAGAAUGAGCUCACGGAUACAAGAAGUCGAAAUGCGAUUCCUUAGGAGGGUGGCUGGGCUCAGUCUUAGAGAUAGAGUGAGGAGCACAUACAUCCAGGAGGAUCUCGAAUUAGAACUGCUGCUCCUUCACGUCGAAAGGAGCCAGUUGAGGUGGUUCGGGCAUCUGAUCAGGAUGGCUCCUGGGCGCCUUCCUGUGGAGGUCUUCCAGGCACAUCCUACUGGGAGGAGACCCCGAGGAAGACCCAGAACUCACUGAAGGGAUUAUAUGUCCCAUCUGGUAUGGGAGCACCUUGGAAUCCCUCAGGAGGAACUGGAAAGUAUUGCAGGGGAAAGGGACAUCUGGGUUUACUUGCCUCACCCACUGCCACCGCAACCCAACCCUGGAUAAGGAGAAGAAGAUGGACGGAAGGUACUUGCAAAUAACACAAUACCGGAGUGUUUUAUAGCAAAAUUUCUCAGGACAAUCUCAGCUUUAUGCAUACUGAGGCCCAUUUUUAUAACUUAUUUUAGCCCAAAUGCUGAAUUUUGAAAACCGAUCUUUGAACAAUUUUUAAUCUUUGUGAAAACACACCUUCACUCAUGUGGACCAAUUGUUUUGAUGCUUGAAAUAGGUUUACCAAAGUCUUAGCUCCACAAAAGUAGUGGAAUUCAUAAGUAAAAUGAUAGGUGUGUGCAGAAAACAUGUCUAAAAUGAAAUUUUGUCAUGUACAUUUUUGAGCAUAAAAGUUGUCUGUCAUUCUAUUUUCACCAAAAUGAAGCUGUGUCAUCUUUGUCACUGCUUCUCUCGCUCUGGUCUCUCGCCUUACCUCUCCUACAAAAACUGUGAAAGAGAGGGCCUUAGGGAUUCCAGAGUGCCAGUAGGUUUGGAAAGGUCGACGGACAAAGGAUUCAUCCAAUAACGCACAGUGAGAGGUGACAACAUGCACCCAUUCCUCUUUUAUUGGCCCUGCAACUAAGGAUGUGAACCAUGUAGGAUGGCAAGUGGAAACAGAAGUGAAAGAUGCGAUUCUCCUGUUCACGAAAGUGUUUGAACUGCAUUUCUACGACAUAAAAUGACAAAGAUAUUAAUAAAAACAUGGCGUAAACGUGCUAUUAAGUGCUUAGACCUCAGAGGGGUAAAUAUGAAAUUUAAAAGAGAACCAGUGAGACAGCACUGUCAGAGUUCUGUCAUUUUGGUCCAAUCAAAAAUAAACAUGUAAAUAAGGCAGAGAAAUGAGCAUCUAAGCUUUUAGUGGAUUAGUGUUGGCCUAUACCAAACCCUAACUCUGUCAUAGUUUCAGUUAGCAGACGCUUUAGUUAAAGAUAUCUACAUCUGAUAGUCGUGCUUCUCUUCUCUUCUAGAGCUACAGCCUGACUGUUAGGGUUAACCCUAGCCCUACACCUUACCCCACCCUACCCUAACCCUAACCCUAACCCUACCCUACCCUACCCAAACCCUAACUCUGUCACAGUUUCAGUUAGCAGAUGCUUUAUUUAAAGAUAUCUACAUCUGAUAGUCGUGCUUCUCUUCGCUUCUAGAGCUACAGCCUGACCGUUAGGGUUAACCCUAGCCCUACACCUUACCCCACCUUACCCUAACCCUAACCCUACCCUACCUGAACCCUAACUCUGUCACAGUUUCAGUUAGCAGAUGCUUUAUUUAAAGAUAUCUACAUCUGAUAGUCGUGUUUCUCUUCUCUUCUUUUGCUAUCGCCUGGAUAUUUAACACCUCCCUGACAUUGGUGAGCAAUGAAACCAUGGUGGGGACGAGGACUGUUUCUGGAGUGGUGUGAUUUCAUAAGCAAGGGAUGAACAUAAGGCCCGAUGACACCGACCUUUGACCUUUGACCUAAACAUUAACAGAGUGGAUAUUUGUGCAGAAUUUGAAGAUAAUCCACCAAGGCCUUCUUGUCAUCUCGUUCACAUACAAGGGAAGAACAUGACGCUCAACAUUCUUGACCUUUGACCUCCACAACCUGAUCACUUCAUCAUUCAGCGUGGACUUUUAUGUGUUAUGCAGCAAUUUUGAAUAAAAAAAAACUAAAAGAAUUUUUCUGGAGAGAUUACAACUUUCUAAAUUAAUCUUUUUUUUAACCCUGAGAAAUGUGUCAAAGCAACUGAAAAAAAACGAUGUCAGUGAAAAUGGACUGAGUCCCAGCGUGACGAAAAACUUCUGAAUAUAAGUGAAGCUUUUUAAUCUGUUAAUUUAUUUUUCUAUGUCCUUGUUUAUGCGGUUUUCUGUUCCUGUGUUAGAUUAUAUUUUCUUAUUUUUGUUUGAUGUUAAUUCCUCUGUGAUAGAGUAUAUUUCCUUUUGGCUGUUUUAUGUUAAUAUUCCUGUGUUGUUAGAUUAUUUUUCCUGCUAAGAUUGAAGACUUUGUUGGCCAGUUUGUUUAACAGAUUAGCAUUUGUGCUCAUGUUUACAGCCUUAUAGCAGAACAGACAUCUGUUCCACCCCCACCAAAUGUGAAUGAACCUCUACUGUGUGCAUGGUAGCAUACUUAGAUCUACUCUGUUAGCACUGAUGCUGCUGAUGUUUCCACUGACGGCAAAAAUCUCACCCAAACUGCCUUUUUCUCACCCGAAAGCACCAUCUCAUACUGCCGUAGAUCACUUCCUGUUGAUGGCUGAGGUUGCUUUAGGGCAGGUUUAAAUGUUCCUUAACACACCACUGUGACACAGAGAUGGUGAAGUGAUCCUCUUGAGCAGCAAAGCACUGAAAAUCCUGUCUUUAGUUACUGAAGUUAUCUGUAAAUUCUUGUCUUGUAUUUUUGUUAACUCAGUCAGGGCAGCACCUCAUUAAACCUGUUUAGACUGUUAUCAUCCUGCUACAGAAUCAGUGAUGGUUUCAUCUUUUUACCUUUUCUGUCUUUAGUAACUCUAACUAACUCUGGUGCCCGUGAACACUCUGAACUCCUCUCUUACUUGUCUUUAGUAACUGUACUCUGUUUUCCUCCUGUUGGUUCUCUGGUGCCCAAAAACACUCUGAACUCCUCUCCUAUUUGUCUUGCAGCUUUUUAUCACAUGAUUUGA